UUUGCAUUGAAUUGUUGCGGUGUUGAACUGUUAAAACCCGUGAACAAUUUCUAGUCGCCAUGGCACAGCUGGAUGGUUUUGUCACACCGCCAAAACCAGUGGCUCUUGUUCCAAGGCAUCGCCUCUCUUCCCUUGUGCCGGCGGUCAGUGUUUCCACUAACAAUGAUGGCUAUCUUCCAGAUGCAGUGCGGCUUGCAGCUGCUUCUGCUGCUGCUUUGGUGUGCAAGAGGUCGCAGGCGACAAGAAUGGCGCUGAAGGCGCCAGAAGUGGCCCAGAAGAAACUGGAGGCUAAAGAUGAAAAGACUUUAAGUGAUGCCUGGGAAAAGGCCUUGGACGGACGAGAGGGCAAUGUCUUUACGGAGCCAGAGAUGUUCAUGGAGGUCUUGGGGUCCCUCAACGAGACGCGCACUCAAGAGGGUCCAAUGUUCUUCGAGCGCGUUAGCGGAGCUGCCAACCAGGACAAGGACAUCGUGCUCUAUGUUCCGGGCAUUGACUUUUCAGGUGCCUUUGCAGCGCCACAGUUUCGAGCGCUUGCUGCUGACUUCGAGCUUUGGCGCUGCUGGGUGAAGGCUGAUUGCCGGCAGCCAUUCUCGGAAAUGUUGCGGCAGUUGGAGGUAUGGCUAUCGAGUCAGAAAGACCGCAAGGUGGUCCUUUUUGGCGAGUCCUUCGGCGGACUUUUGUCUCUUGCCGUGGCUCUUCGUGUUGGUCGGGACAGGCUGAAAGGCCUGGUGUUGGUAAACCCGGCAACUUCCUUUGACCGGACUGUGUGGCCUCUCCUGGGUCGGGUCCUAGCUUCCGUACCAAAUGAACCUCAAUCGCUACGGCCAUGGGCUCCGCACAAAGACUUGAACGACCUACUUCAGGACCUUCAAGACCGUGCUGGACAGUCGCCCUAUCCAUAUGUUGCAGGGUCAGCCUUGACCGGAACGGUUGCCGAUUCAACACAGCUGGGACGCCUGUUCUCGCGCAUUGGCUUGCAAAUCAUGAACAGCAGCAAUGCGCUCGAUCCUAGCAUCGAAAACUUCCUCCUGUACCCAGAGAACCUUGCCCAGCUCCUGCCGCCGGAGACAGUGCGUUUUCGACUUCGUGGUUGGCUUCGUGAUGGUUGCGAAUGGGUCAACAGCGAGUUGCGGCGACGUCGUGGGUCCUCCUUUGGAGGCAAUCCUUUGCCGCCUACGCUCCUGUUGGCCUCGGAUAGUGACAGAUUGCUGAUGUCUGACAAGGAAGCUGAGCGCUUGAGGGGCCUGCUGCAAGCUCGUUGUGGUGACAAGAACCUGAAGGUAAUUGAGCUCACAAAGUCUGGGCAUGCGCCAUUAGACCGCCGUAUCAAUGUCGCUCAGAUGCUGAAGGACUCACCUAUUAUGAAGAAACCCAAGAGACGCAACUAUGUUGAUGACUUUCAAUAUCCAUCAUUGGAUGUGCUGGAGCAGGGCUCACGGAACAUUGAGCCAAUUGCUGCAUUGGUGUCCCCAGUGUUUUGCAGCUGGGAUGCUUCAACUGGCGCAAGGAGGUUUGGCCUCGAUGGCGUUCCGGAUCCCAAAGAGGUCGGCCGGCCAGUGAUUUUGGUGGGCAAUCAUCAGCUUUUUGCCCUUGAUUUGGGACCCCUGGUGAGGGAAUUCUUGAUCGAGAAGGGCUUUUCGCCUCGAGGCUUGGCUCAUCCGAUCAACUUUCCAGAUGUCCUAACAGGCUUGAUCGCUACAAAGGUGAAAAUGGAAGAGUCAGGCAUUCUGGAUGCAAUGGGGCUGCCAUUUGAGCUCCGUGCUGCAGCGCGGGCUGUGCAGCAGGCAUCACAGUCAUCGAAUUCCAAAAGUUCAAGCGGCCCACAAGGUCCCUUUGGCCUUAGUCCGCCCACAGAGGAGACAGAUGCCGCGCAAUCUGAGCUUGGAAUUGGAGAGAAUUUUGGUGUCGGCGGCGCUUUUUCCAAAUGGGGUGCAGUUCCUGUCUCUCCUCGCAACUUUUUCCGGUUGCUGCAACGGAAAGAGGCUAUCCUUCUUUUUCCUGGCGGUGCUCGAGAAGCCUGUCAUGGGCCGACUGAGAAGUACCAGCUCUUUUGGCCAUCUCAGACGGACUUUGUGCGAUUGGCAGCUAGGUUUAAUGCUAUAGUGGUUCCUUUCGGAAGCAUCGGCAGCGCUGACAACGUUCGAAUUGUCGAGGGGAAAGAGGUCUCAGAGCAAGAUCGGAAAGGGUUUGCAGAUAUGAUGGAAGGACAAGGCAUGUCUGUAGUCUCUGAAUCCCUUCGGGAGCCACCACGCUUCAACCCGUCACCGCCACGGCUGCCCCCUGCCACUCAAACAGCGGCAGGUUUUGGAGACCGCUUCUACUAUAGCUUUGGUGAACCUGUCGACUUGGCUGACCUCGAUUCCAAAGACAAGGUGGGAUGCCAGCAGAUGUACAACAAACUGAAAGGUGAUGUGGAGGCUGAAAUCAGAUGGUUGCUGGAGGCUCGGGUUCGAGAUCCCAACCGAGACUUCCUCAAAAGACAGAUCAAAGAGCGCGUGAUGAACCUGAACCCAGUGCCAAAGGAGGUGAAAGCCGGUCCUUUGAAAGGAAACUUUAUUCGGUCUUGCGGCCGCAGAGCAGACACCUUCCCACUGGAGUGAGGAAGGCGGCACAGCUUCCAUGUGUGUGAUGGGUGCCCGCGAGAAACGGAACAGAUUCGACAACCUCCUCAACAGAAGAACCACAUCCGUGCAGCUCUGGUCGUAUCAGAGCUUCCCAUAGUAUUUCUGCCAGGGAAGACCCAGGCACCAGUUUUCAGAAUUUCAAGUCUGCAGUGGGCUGCGAU